AUGGAACAACCCCAGCCAUCCAAGAAGCGGCGGCUUAUGCCAAAGGAAUCGCCGUCAAACCACACCACACAGCCGGUUCCCUUUCCCCAUGAAUCGCCUCAGCAGCACCCAUCCCAGGAGGCCCCUCCAGUCGAACGCCAUGACUUCGAAUCCUUUGCGAGGCAUCUUCAAGAUGCUGCCAUGCUGAUCCAGCGCCAAACCGAACGAGCACCUUACGAUAGCGUUUCUGUGCUUCUCCUGCAGUGGGAGGAGGAUACCUCCGCCGAGGCCGACCUGACGGCCUUGGAAAAAAUACUACGAGACCGCUACAACUACCAGACGAAUCGAUGGGCCAUCCCGACCGUACCCAACCCCAGCAUCAAGCUAGGGGUCCAGAUGGCCUCCUUCCUCGAACAUGCACGACCAAAUCACCUGCUGAUAAUCUACUACGCCGGCUAUGCAUAUGUUGGAUUGGACAACCAGCUCUACUGGGCUUGCAAUACCCGAGAAGAUGCCGCAAAGCUCAAGUGGGAUGGUGUACGCUGCCUCUUUGAAGAUGCACAGUCCGAUAUUCUGCUGUUGCUUGACGCCUGCUCUGUUCGUGAUAUACCCGUGUCUGGAAGCCAUGGCAUCAAGCAAGCCAUUGCGGCGGGCGGCCCUGAACAGAAUCCCAGAGAGUCUGCGGGCAAAUCCUUCACAUAUCAUUUGAUCGAAGCUCUGCAUAAACUGAGCAUUGCAGGCAGACCAUUUAGUGUAUCGAGGCUACACGAGGAGAUUGUCCAGCUGAGGCAGCAGGAAAGCGCACAAGCAGCUAAACUCACAAAUGGUGCCGGCAAAACUCCGCCACCGUCGCCACAUCUUCCCAUCUGCUUCACCCUCACCCCCGGAAAAGGUCAGAGUCUGAGCUUAGCUCCCUUACCUGCUCGAGCGGCUCAACAGCAAUCACCGCGCAAUGGCGCUGAUGGGGAAUCACAGUCAAGGGCUGUGCGUGAAGACCAGCUCAUUGACCCUGAAUCCGUCGCUGAUCUACGUUUCGAUGAGGCACGAGUACUUGUGUGUACGACAUUCGUUGGGGACGCCAGUCCAGACAUGUCCUUCUUCAACGGCUGGCUUCACAACACACCGCCUCUGGCUGCCAAGAUUGAGGUGGAGGGAAUGUUUCUCGGCCCGCCCACCAUGCUUCUGAUAUCAAUGCCCCAUUCUAUAUGGAAUGUUGUACAGCAUGAUAAGGUCUGCUGCUUCCUGGGGUACAUCACAUCGCAUAACAUGAUUCACCUAUACCAGAAGCUCAAAGGCUCUCCCGGCAUCCCUAAAGCCACAGCAAAGGAGGUCGAGGACGGACGCAUUUUGCUGGAAGCGCGAGAGCUGGCAGCAAGCACACCAGCCAUGCAUCAACGCGCACUAGACAGUAAAGACGCAUCUUUUCAUGAGACGACGAACCGCAUGGAUUCCACGCCUGUCGCCGCAGUCGUUGAUGGUAAAGAUGAUGUUGAGGAUUCGGCCGAGAUGCAGGAAGCGGCAGAGCAGUUGAAAGCUCUGAGUCAUGUUCGCCACUUGAGCGACGAGGCACCACCGACAGUAGAGCGGCAACGUACGACUUUGCCAGACGGAGCAAUGCCUACCAACCACGAGGACACAGGGUCUUCUCACGAUGCGAAUGAGUCGGGUGCUGAUGACACGAUGCACUCGAUUGACAUGAGCACGCCCAAUGCGAAGGCCAAGCAUCGGCGAUCUUUGCAGAAAGCGACGCCGAAGCAAGAGACGAGAUGCACAUUAUGUACUCAUGCUCCUUUCAAGGAUUCAUCAUCACUUCGCAAACACAUUGCGGCCGCCCAUACAAGACCGUUCCCCUGUGCUUUCUCGUUCGCAGGUUGCACUAGUACGUUUGGCUCGAAGAACGAGUGGAAACGUCAUAUUGCAUCCCAACAUCUCUGUUUGCAAUACUACCGGUGCUCGUCUUGUCCGCAGAGCACAGUUGAGGGUAAGGGUAACGAGUUCAACCGGAAAGAUCUCUUUACCCAGCAUCUUCGCCGCAUGCAUGCGCCUUUCGCGAUCAAGAAGGCCAUUGCCAAAGGUGACAGUAAAUUGCAAGUGGAGUGGGAGGGCCACGUCAAGGAGAUGCAGACCACUUGUCUCGUUACACGCCGGUCGCCGCCUCAAAAGUCAGCGUGUCCGAAGUCAGAUUGCCAAAGCAUCUUCGAAGGGCCCGGUUCUUGGGAUGAAUGGACAGAACACGUUGGCAGGCAUAUGGAGAAGGGUGAAGGCCAGCGACUCGGUGUGGAUCGGCUCCUGGCAAAGUGGGCUUUUGAAGAAGGAAUCAUCGAGCGAAAAGAAGACGGUGAGUAUCGUCUUUGUGCUGGAAACGGCCCCGGCAACGGUGGUGGCCCCAUCGGCGGAGACUCAAAGGAUUCGAUAUCGGUGGCAUAUCCUGAACCGAAAUUGGAUGUCGACGAAACAAUCGAGACUAAGGAUACUGCCGAGGACAAGAUGGAAGUGGAUGGUUAG